AACUAAAAUACGGUAUCUGCAUUUUAUAGUCGUAUUGGCUACUCUGGCUACCUAAAUAAAACUUAUUCCGCUUCUAAAAACAUUUAAAAUAAGGGGUCACUCAAUUUUUUCCAAUGGUAAAAAAACUCGGUAAAAUGUACGUAAAUUUACUUUUACAGGGUAAAUUUACUGAACUCACAUAUCUAAUUAAGUUACCACACGAUUAACCACGAUGCCGUGUUGUUGGACAUAGCUGAACAUUUUUCGUGUACACGGCAAACGUGUAUAGUGGAAACCCGCCUUAACGGUUAUCAUAGUGUUUGAAAUAUAAAAUACGGUUAUCGGUUAUCAAAUAUAAAAAUUAAACGAUAACCGGUUACCGGUUUUCAAAAGUUUAACCUAAAGCCGAUUACCAACUUUAUUGAUAACGGUUUUAAGCCCUGUUUAAAAUACGUUUUAUUUUAUUUAAUUGUAUAGGUUGGGGGUGUUGGCAAUGGUGAAACAUUGAAAUCUGUUGAAUAUUAUGAUCCCACACUUGACACAUGGACACCAGUUGCAGAGAUGUCUACAGAACGUCGAGGUGUUGGUGUAGGAGUCUUAGAUGGUCUUAUGUAUGCUAUUGGUGGCUAUGAUGGAGAUGAGGAUCUUAAAAGUGUUGAGGUGUAUAGACCGAGUGAUGGAGUUUGGUCUUCUGUAGCUGAUAUGGAAAUAUGCCGAUAUCGCCCCGGAGUAGUGGCAUUAGAUGGUUUAUUGUAUGUUAUGGGCGGAGAAACUGAUGAUUCUAUCUAUAGUGAUACUGUAGAAAUUUACAACCCCAAAAUCAAUACUUGGACAAUGGAGAGAUUUUCGAGAAGUGGUGUGGACAUUUAUGGUGGAGUAGUUGUUGAUAGACCACCAAAUUUUAUUAAUUAAUCAGUAUUAU